UGAGACAAUAAUUUAGCCCAGUAGUAGUUCAGAAUGAGUGACUGGAAGAGACGUACCGACACAUAUAGCCAGCGCAAAUUCGAUUAGAUACAUUUUCUCUGACCGGUCAUUGCGGUUUUGAAUAUCCCUCUUCAAUCAACUGCGAAGACUGGACCAGUUGACUUAUUUUUUCUCCUCUGUAAACUAAGAUUGGGCAUGACCAUGGGGGCCAGGCUGUGGGUGUAGCCACUGAGACAGCUGGGGGAGAGCGAGAGAGGAGGAAAGGCAAGCCAGCACCAGCCAAGCACCCUGCACUCCUCCUGGGAAAGAUGGGGGAGACAGAGGAGGAGAAGGACCAGGCAGGGAAGCUGUUUGAGAACUUCAUCCAGGCCUCCACCUGUAAGGGCACCCUGCAGUCCUUCAACCUCCUGUGCAGGCUGCUGGAUCUAGACCCUCAGGACCAUGAGACGUUCUACUGUAGUCUGAAGACCAGGCUCACAUCCUGGAGGGCCAAAGCCCUCUGGACCAAGCUGGACAAGAGAACCUGCCACAAGGAGUACAAGAAGGGCCAAGCCUGUGUGGGCACCAAGUGCCUUAUCAUCGGGGGAGGCCCAUGUGGCUUGCGGACGGCAAUCGAGCUGGCUCUGCUGGGGGCCAAGGUGGUGGUGAUUGAGAAGAGGGACACCUUCUCCAGGAACAACGUGCUGCACCUGUGGCCCUACACCAUCCACGACCUCAAGGGCCUCGGGGCUAAGAAGUUCUAUGGCAAAUUCUGUGCUGGAGCCAUAGACCACAUCAGUAUUCGUCAGCUCCAGCUCAUGCUGCUGAAGAUCGCCCUGCUCGCAGCUGUGGAGUUCCACGUCAAUGUGGAGUUUGUCAAGCUGCUGGAACCUCCAGAGAACCAGGAGAAUGACGGGCCUGGCUGGAGAGCUGAGAUCAGGCCUGCCGAUCACCCUGUGGCUAAUAUUGACUUUGACGUGGUGGUGGGGGCUGAUGGGAGGAGAAAUACCCUGGAAGGGUUCAAGAGGAAGGAGUUCCGUGGUAAGCUGGCUAUCGCCAUCACGGCCAACUUUGUCAACGGGAACACCACGGCCGAGGCCAAGGUGGAGGAGAUCAGCGGUGUGGCCUUCAUCUUUAACCAGAAGUUCUUCCUGGACCUCAAAGAGGAGACAGGUAUUGACCUGGAGAACAUUGUGUACUACAAGGACAACACACACUACUUUGUCAUGACAGCAAAGAAGCAGAGCCUACUGGACAAGGGGGUCAUCAUUCAUGACUACAUAGACACAGAGAUGCUGCUGAGCAGUACGAAUGUGAACCAGGAAGCUCUGCUGGGUUACGCCCGCGAAGCUGCUGACUUUGGUACCAACUACCAGCUUCCCACGCUGGACUUUGCCAUAAAUGCCUGUGGCCAGCCGGACGUGGCCAUGUUUGACUUCACCAGCAUGUAUGCUUCGGAGAACGCAGCGCUAGUCAGAGAAUGCUUCGGACGCCAGCUACUGGUGGCACUGGUUGGGGACAGCUUGUUAGAGCCGUUCUGGCCCAUGGGUACAGGGUGUGCGAGAGGCUUCCUGGCUGCUUUUGACUCAGCCUGGAUGGUGAAAAGGUGGGCUGAGGGCAUGACCCCUCUGGAGGUGCUAGCUGAGAGGGAGAGUCUUUACAGAAUUCUGCCGCAGACAACCACGGAAAACAUUGCCAAAAACUUUGAGCAGUACACCAUUGACCCUGGGACUCGGUAUCCCAACCUCAUCUCCACCUGUGUCAGGCAAAACCAGGUGCGUCACCUGUACAUCAAUGGAGAGCUGCCAGUGAAGUCGUGCUCUCUGGAACGUAAUGGUACAAUACGUCGCCCUGUGAACCUGGCCAGACGAGAGUCGGAGAUCAGGCCGGGCAGGCUGCUGACGUGGUGUCAGAAACAGACCGAGGGCUACAGGAACGUGAACGUGACAGACCUGACCACCUCGUGGCAGAGCGGCCUGGCUCUCUGUGCCCUCAUCCACCGGUUCAGAUCCCACCUCAUAGAGUUUGAUUCGCUGAAUGAGGAGGAUUCGGCUAACAACCUCCAGCUGGCAUGUGACCUGGCUGAGCGGGAGUUUGGCAUCCGGCCCUUCGCCACUGGAAAGGAGAUGGCUGCUGAUCAGGAACCAGACAAGACUGGAAUGGUCACCUACCUCUCCAAGUUCUACGAGCUGUUCCGCGGCACCCCCCUGCCCGUCUCAGAUUCUAGAGGGGCCGACGAAAACAGUGAAGACUAUCCUUCCAAGGCAGUCAGAAGUAUGAACAAAGUUCUGGUACCAAGAAAAAGGGUACCGAAGGAUGAGAAGAAGCUAGAAGAUACUGACCCAACGUACAAAAGGAGACGAAAAGUCUGCAGUUAUUUGGAAGAGGCAACCAACUUCUCCAGUCAGAGUGCGUCCUGUGUGGGUGAGGAGAGGGGGGUUAAGGAGAACAAGGUCCGCUCCAUGGCCAGCCAGCUCCUGUCCAAGUUUGAGGAGAGCAACCCCAGCUUCACCCUCCGGAGACAGAAGAAAGCUCAGACCCAGAAUGCUAGAGCGUUUCACAAUAAAAGUAUCAAGGAGAAAGCUGUCCACCUGAGAGUACUGUUCUCUGAGGAUGUGGCCUCUACGUCCCAGGGUUCCUUGCGGAGGGAGUUCCCCGGGUCUGGUGACAAGUGUCACUCCUGUCAGAAGCGCGUCUAUGUGGUGGAGAGGAUCAGUGCUGAGGGACUUUAUUUCCACAGGGAAUGCUUUCGCUGUGACACCUGUGGCGCCGCCCUACGCCAGGGAGGCCAUGCCUUCGACUCUGAGCAGGGCAAGUUGUACUGCAAGCUGCACUUCACACAACGUAAAAAUGGAAUGAACCAUCGGAGGACAUUCAAUUCACAUCUGGGUCAGAAUGGAGCCGGGGUUCAGGAGGGAUCAGAGACACAGACUCCCAACGGUGACCCAACAGAAGGCCUGCAGGGCCAGUCACCAGGUACCUUCAGCUCCCGCCUGAGGAAGAGCCUGAGCUGGCCCCUGAGUGUGACCCGGGCUGUGUGUGACUCCCCCCGCCUCCUGUCUCGCUGGGUGCAUGGUACGGCCCAGGCUGUGGGCCUCCACUUUAGGGCCAAUGUGCAGGACUAUGUCUUCCUGUAUGAGCUGCUGAGCCUGGGAGUGCCCCUGCUGUUCAUGCUCCAGGAGGUGCUGCUGCAGAUGUACUCUGAAACCGGGCCUGUCUCCCAGUCCAUCCAGCCCCUACUGCUGUGGCUGGAGGAACACCUGGGCCACAGGCUCAUGUAGAGGCCCACCAGGGAGGGAAUCCUAAUCCUAACCCUAUCCCUAACCCUCGUGCAAUAGGGUCUGAAGCUUGGCUGAACAUUAACUAGUGUAUCUUGCAUUUGUGCCAAGUCAUAUGACGGCAAGCUACCAUUUUACCAUGCACCUUGUUAAUAUUUUCUCACAGAAUAUGUAGCUGUCAGUGCAUUAGAUCUAGUCCUACACCAAAGAACAAAUAACAUUUCCCACGCAGUAUCUUGGUUUGUGAUACGUGUGGUAGUUUUUCAUGAACAUUAUAUUCUUCUUUAGGAUGAGGGGUAAUGUGCUGUACAUGGUUUCAUGGUGGUCUAAAUCAUUUACGGUAACGGUAUGUGGUUGAGUUUUUGCGCGGAAGAAGUAAUCUAAAUGAAAAGACUGACUUGAAGCACUUUAACUUGGGGAGCUGCCUUGACCUGUGGCUGAUGCCUGAUGAAUGGUGUGGGAGUUUAUGGCUGCCUAAUGGUUAUCCAGGGCUUGGAUAAUGACUAGUGCUGACGCUGCAUGUUUACUAAACCCUGCUGAACUCACAGGUCGGGGUCGGGGGCCAACGUGGAUCUGUGCUUGACCAGAUUUUCUCAUCUUUUUUUCUAUUUCAAUAUUGUUUGCACAAGUUUACAUUUAAAAGUUAUUGUAAGAUCUCCUAUGACACCAUGACCGUAGUGUACUUUCGCUACACAUUAUGAUAACUUGUAUUGCUUUAUUUUAUGGCCCAGUGCCUCCAGUAUUUUUGUGCAUUGUCCGUUGUACUUAAAAAGCGGAAGAGCUUUCAUGGCCAUGGGCUUUGGUUUACGACUCCAGUUCAUGGACUGUUUAAUGCUUACUCAUUGCUGCCACCUGUUGGUGAAACAGAUGCAAGGCCAAAUUCAAUUUACUGUAUGAUGAGGUGGAAAAUGGGACUAAAGAGUUGAUGUAUGUUUGUAAUAUAAUUUUUUCUUCAUUUUUGUUAUUUUUUUACAAGUCUAUUUCACUUAAAUAUGUUUUUCAUAAUGUUACGAAUAUUGCUGAAAGGAAUUGUUCAGGAGGACAGAAUCUGACAUGAUAACUCAGGCUAUGUUUGAAUGCUGUGGUGUGUAUGUGCUUUCCUGAACCAGAAGUUACAUCAUUCAUGCAGUACACUGUACAGUGCUACUGUGUGUUGUUGAGUAGCACAAUCUCAUGUUUUCUCAAUGCCUUUUCUUUGACUAUCUAACAAUUACAAAGUUUCAAUACAUUUUAACUGGAUUUGAUCCUUCCUCUGAUUUCUCUCUCUAUUCUAACCUAUAUUUCCUUCCUUUAAUUUCUUCUCAUGUUCGCUUGAAGUCUGUUUUCAACUUUCUGAUGAUGAGCCUCCUGAUUGGUUAGGAGACAUGCCAUUCUGAAGGUGAUCACCUGCAUGGUCACAUGGUUAUGUGAAUAAUGUUUUGGAGUGAAUGUCUGGUCAGAUUAGUCCAAGUUACUGUCCGCACUUCCACACACAAAUAAAAAAUGCUUCUAACCCCUGUGUUUGAGCUACAGACAGCAGUAUUUAAGCAUUGUAUUUUUCUGUUUCGUCUUCACCCGGCGAUACCAACCAUUUGCCGAUGUACUUAACGGAGGCUGGACUAGAGCAGUGUUUGUGAGACAAUGGCAGUUCCUGAAAACGGUUCUUCUCACAAAAAUGUCUAAUCCACAAACUAUUAUGAUCCUACUAUCGAAAGGCUGAGCUUCACAAACACGCAAGUGUGUUCGCGUAGACAGCUUUCUGUCAUGUAGAGGCAUGCCACUCUUUCUCCCAUCUUUUGCCAUCUUUCUUUCUCUCUUCCAGAAGCUGUCACCCAGGAGAAUUUUCUCUUGACCCACACAAACAAAGGGAAUUCAUAUCCCAACAGGUUCAUAACUCAUGUUGUCUUAAAUUAAUGCAUUGAAUAAUGUAUUAUGGGACUUCUAAUGCAGCCUGCUUUUCUCAUGGAGAUUCUGUGUUCCUUUAUGUAUGACCGAAAGCAACAAAUGUAAAUAAAUUAACGGAGUUAUUUGUCAUCUUGA